AUGCCGCGCACCCGCAGACCUAAGCUGGCGACCGAGGCUGAGGCCCGGCAGGACGAGUUCAAGAAGGCCGAAGCCUUGGUUAAUGGCAAAGCGGAGUUCAAGGAGGCUUUCACCUACCACAAUCGAAACAAAAAGCGUAUAGCCGAGGUCGAGGCCGAUGAGAAGAAGGCCGAGGAGGCCCAGAAGAAGGUCGCCGUCAAAGCGGCUGAGGCGGCGAAGGCAAUCGCCUUCAUCAAUGGCAAGGCCGCCUUGCUGGCGAAAGUCGACAACCAAGACAAAGAAGAGUUCAAGGAGGCCUUCGCCUACCACAAUCAAAAGAAAAAGCGCAUAGCCGAGGACGAAGUGGCUGAGGCCGCGAAGGCAGUUGCCUUCAUCAAUGGCAAAGCCUUCUAUGUCAGCAGGAAGGCCGAGGGCCAUGAAAAGAAAGAGUUCAAGGAGGUUCUACCUCCAGGGUUUAGAUCUCUAGGGAGAGAUCCCCGCCCUGCUGCCCGCCGAGGACCAGUUAAGGAUGGGAAAGGCUGA